AUGGCCGCUCAGCCAUCAAGAUAUACUCGCCUCGCAGAAUCGCACACGCAUCCUACUGGGGAAGACCAUAAAGCGUUGCAUCGACUUCCCGGUUUACUCAAGAGCGGUAUUACGCCCAUCACCCCGCCUCCAUACGAAAAUUAUUAUAAACACAAAGCUCACCAGGAUUUAAAAUGGUAUCAGUCUCAAAGAUUCAAUGGUUUCACGACGCAGGAACUCCAUCUUCACGAUGCGUUCGCUCCGUAUUCGAAUUUGAAAGCGACUGGACAGUUGACCUGUCCUAUUCAUCCGAUUCUGCAAAGAUCGAAAUGGAGACGGCAACUACCUGCUCAAUUGGCUAGGUAUCCACUUGGGAAUGGACGAGGAGGAUACUGGGAUGCUUGGGAAAAUGAUACAGUUUGGAAUAUGAUGGUACCAUCAUUACAACUAACAACGAUGUUUAUGGCUAGUUUGUAUACCUGGCCUUGGUUUGAUGCUUUAUUCUUCGGAGAGAUGGAAGAGAUAGACCCGGUUGAUUUACCACCCGAACUACGAGGGAAGAAGGGAUAUCAACGAUUCAAAUUACGACGCCCUGAGAUAUGUGCUCAAGUCAAUGAGCGUAUGCGUGCCCAAGAAAUACUUGAAAGGUUUCGGGAUGAUGUUAUUCUGGAUCUGAGUAGUGGACACACAGAUACUAGAUCCGGAUUACCAGAUGAAUUCGAGUUCGCAAACACAAAUGGGGCUCUAGAUAUAGUCACCAAAAGAGGAAUAGGUAUAUCGAUGGCUUUUGAAAUAUUGGAACCAUUGUUUAAUGGCAAGGUAACUGAAGCGGAACGAAUGAUAGUUGCGUAUAGAUUUGCGGCCACCUUACUGCAUGAGCUUUGCCAUGCCUUUUGGGAAUGUCUGCGAAAAUGGGGCAUACGAACGGAUGGUGAGGAUGUCGUUGGGCAGAAUUUAGAACCAUGGUUCGAAUAUCAAAGAACCUCCGAGUUAGGCUUCUCAAUGGAAAGCUUUGUGUUUGGUGGCAUCGCUCAAGAUUUCUUGAGAGAAGAAAGUGUGCCUUGUCGGGGGAUUCCGCCCAUGGGAUUUUAUCUGAGCGAAUUUGACAAAUCAGUAACCGAACCAUUAACAACGAAUCCGUUGAUUCUGAUUAGAAAACCUCCAGACUAUUUUGUUUCACAUAUAUGGCCAAUAACUUUGACUUAUUUUAUAGAUAUUCAGAACCAACUUUGGUGGAAUACAUACAAAGCGGUAUUUGGACCAAGAAGUACGCAUAUUCCGAAACUAUACGGGAAAAGAACCAUCAAUAGGUCAGAUGGUUUACCUCCUGAACCACCCGCUGCUGGCUUCGAAAAUAUAGAUUUAGACACCACGAUGAUAGAAACGGAACCGAAGGAUCAAAUCCAAAGCAUUGUAGAUUGGUUCCGUAACUCGUAUAAGCAGCGCGCCCAUGCAAUCAGAAAUGCAAUAAUUGCUCACGGGAAUUUAGAAUCUAAUUACUUGCUACCACCCUAUCCUCCACCAGGGGGUAAUGAAGAGGAGGACGAAGAAUAUGACGAGGAAGAAGAGGGAGAGGGAGAAGACGACGACGAAGAAAUACCUCCUUGUCCACGUUAUGAUGAGAUCAAGAACUACUUGAUCAACCAAAAGAGAGAAUUGGCUAUUGACACGAUGAAAUUCAGAAUGCCAGAACAUACACUCCAUCAAUAUAUAUGUAGGAAUGGCGGAAUAGUUUUAAGUGCCGAAGAAUGGAGAGAAUUUCUCUUGAAUUCUAGUGAGCGUAAGGAAUUGUUUCAAAUCCGCAACAAGAACGGAAGGCCACCAACCCCGUACCAUGCAAUUCUCCGCACUCUCAGUAAUGGUUGGCCUACAAACUUACCAGCUCCAACUGUUCCGGUGCAAGUAAGGGCCUCUGAGGCACAGGCAGAAUGCUUCUCCAAUGCGACCAGGAUCUAUCUAGCAGACAGAAAAGAACCUUGGUACAGAUUGGAUUUUUGGGAUGCCGAUCUAGAGAUCUUUCUGGUAUUGUGUAAUAACUGGCUGGCUGAAAAUAACCAAGCUCCUCUUCCAAGGGACAUUUUCGAAGCAUGUAUACGAGCGGGUGUACAGCCUCGAUUUGUUCUUGGCCCUAAAGGUAUUGUUCGCAAACUACCUGAUUCGCCUGCGCAACCAAAGAAAUCCAAGAAAAGAUCGGCUCCAGGCCCUCAGCUGGGUCCCCCAUCAAAGCAUCGGGGUCAAAAUCGCCCUAGAUGA